AUGACAGGUCAAUACCACGCCGUUGAGCCAAAUGGCCAACAUAAUAUCGAACUCCAGUUUCAGAACUCGCCGUCAAGAACAUCAAGUCCACCACCCAGACGAUUUCAAGGACUUCCAGCCCGUCGCCGACCAAAAGUAAGAGUCUGGCUGGGCCUUUGUGGAAAAUGGCUGAUUACCAUUAUGUUUAUUAUUGUUGUCUAUAUCAUCCUGAUUGGUUAUGCUCUCUACGAUGUCAUGUCAUCGAAACAUAAGAAAUAUUUCAACGCGCUUAUCACGGGAUUCCUCAUUGCUCUUGGAAUGUCGACUAUGAGCCAGUUGACGCAUGCAGUUGGAGACAUGAGAUGGUGGAUUUUGAGCAAGCGGCCCAGAUCACGACAGAAGGUCAAGGCGAUUUUACAUGUCAACAGUAUGAGCCAAGUAAUAGUCUUGGCUUUCAAAUCGAAGCGAUGGAGGAUUCACCUCGGUGUUCUAGCCUGGGUAGCAUUAUUUCUUGCAACUCAAGUUGGCUACGCCUCCCUGGGCUUGUGUUACUCUGUCGAAAAAACAGAGGACACAGCCCUUUUAGUCGCCGGAAACGUGUCUGUUGCAGACCUAAGCACUGUCUCAACUAUAAGCGUUGUUAAUGGAUCUGCCUCAACCUUUGGUGAAGAAUACGCGGUUAAUAGCUACGGCAUCAUAUCACAGGGUCUUAACCAAGGCACUCUUGUUGAUAUUCCUUGGCCGAACACUCUGUUCUUCGGCGAUGAUAAGUACUUUUUUUGUGAUGAAUACUGUUCUUAUGUUUUUCGCGAAACGAACACAGCUACCCAGAAUAACCCGAAUGCGGCUCCUGUCUCAGCGUACACAGACAGGAAAGUCGACAUAAAGACGCAAUGUAAGGCAUUCAAGGUCCGCGAGGGAGGAAAUGGGACCACGCAAAAUAUUGUUAUUGAAGACGGGCGGAAGACGAGAAACAUAACGUUUCCGAGCAAGGAAGGUCCGAACUUCAAGGUUUACAUGACAUCCGGAUCUCAGGACUGUGGCAGCGACUGUAGUCAUCUCUCGGUGUUUGAACCAUCUCCGACCGACCCAUGGUUCUACAACUGUACGAUCAAGAUGGGCCCCGUGGAAAAUGCGAAACGAUCGGAGCACCAAGUUGGCGAUAGACUGGCACACUUGGUCACAGCGGCAAUAGCCCUCGGAGGCCUCGACCACGCAAACAACACCAGAACAAACAGCUACCCAGCCGCAUCGCUCUUCGGAGUACCACUCAACGGCUCGACCGGCAUGGCAGAGUACCUCCUGUCGCGUUUCUCAACGGGCGCGCUAGCAGCCACGAUUGAAGCCAAUACGGAUGUCGUACUACCCGGCCAAGCGCCUACGGUCGGGCAGAAACUUUCUGUCUCUCACUGGGGUGUCAUGACUCUUAUCUUGUUCAUAACAGCGAUCCUCCAGUUGGCUGUGGCAAUUGUGGCAGCUAAGGUGUCAGGAAGGGUUGUCGUGCCCCCGUCGGACACGCUCUCCGAGGCCAAGGUUUUGAGAGCUAUGGUUGAAGAGGAUGCUCUAGACGAAGAACCGAAAGAUCCUGCGGCGACAGGGAAGGGGAGGAGUUUGUGGAUCUAUCGGAGUACCCAUGUAGGGGAUGGAGUAUAUGAUCUCUACAUGGAAGAGGUCAAGACAUAG